AUGAGAUCACAACCACCCUCUAAGUCUAACCCUUCCAGCACUUACAUAGUUUUCUCCAAACUAAUGGUCUCAAUCAUAACAACAACCUUAUUUCUAACCUUGUUCCUUGUUCAUGUCUCUUCCUCUUGUAACCAAUUUGACAAAGAUUCACUCUUGUCUUUCUCUUCAAAUAUCUCAACUUUAUCACCUCACCCACCUCUUAACUGGUCUUUUACCUCUGAUUGUUGUGAUUGGGAAGGUGUAACUUGUGAUCAAAAUAAUCAACAUGUUACUCAUCUUUUGUUACCCUCUAGAGGUCUCAAUGGUUUCAUUUCACUUUCUACUUUCACUUCUCUUCAAUCUCUUUCUCAUCUUAAUCUCUCUCAUAAUAAACUUCAUGGUAAUCUUCAAAGUCUGUUUUUUUCAAUUCUUAACCAUCUUUUACUUCUUGAUUUGAGUUACAAUCGUUUCUCUGGUGAAUUGCCACUUUGGAAUGGAACCAGAAAUAGCAGUGUUGUUGUUCAGGUGUUUGAUUUGUCUAGUAAUUCAUUCAAUGGAACAUUGCCUGUUUCUCUGAUUCGGAAUCUUGCUGAAGGAGAUAAGAGUUCUUCUUUGAGAUUCUUGGAUUUUUCUUCCAAUGAUUUUGACGGUGCUAUUCAGACUGGUUUAGGUGCAUGUUCUAAGCUUGUGAGAUUUAGAGCAGGUUUCAAUCUACUAUCAGGGAAUAUCCCAAUUGAUGUUUAUGAUGUUGUUUCACUCAUUGAAAUAUCAUUGCCAUUGAAUAAAAUUGAUGGAACAAUUGGUGAUGGAAUUGUUAAUCUUGCAAAUCUCACAGUUUUGGAGCUUUACUCCAAUCAGUUGACAGGUUCUAUUCCUAAGGAUAUUGGUAAGCUUUUGAAAUUGGAAAAAUUGCUUCUUCAUGUCAACAAUUUGACUGGUACGAUUCCGCCGUCUUUGAUGAAUUGUAACAAUCUCGUUGUGUUGAAUUUGAGGGUUAAUAGAUUGGAAGGAAAUCUAUCGGCAUUCAAUUUCUCCGGAUUGGUCAGGCUUGCUACGCUUGAUCUUGGUAACAAUAGGUUUACUGGUGUGUUACCGCCGACUCUUUAUGAUUGUAAGUCGCUUGCUGCAUUGAGGCUUGCGUCUAAUCAGAUUGAGGGACAGGUUUCGUUUGAGAUACUUGGACUCGAGUCUCUCUCGUUCUUGUCGAUUUCUGAUAACAAGCUGAAGAAUAUCACUGGUGCUCUUAGAAUACUCACUGGUCUCAAGAAGCUUAGUACCCUUAUGCUCUCCAAGAAUUUUUACUAUGAAGUGAUGCCGAACAUGAUAGAACCUGAUGGAUUCCGAAAUAUCCAAGUUUUAGGAUUAGGUGGCUGUAAUUUCACAGGUCAAAUACCGAGUUGGAUUAAAAACCUGAUGAAACUCGAGGCCUUGGAUCUUUCGUUUAAUCAAUUCAAUGGUUCGAUACCUCCUUGGUUAGGUAAACUACCUCAGCUUUUCUACAUAGACUUGUCUUUUAACCUACUUACUGGCCUGUUUCCGAUAGAGCUCACGAAACUCCCGGCACUUACAUCACAACAAGCAAAUGAUGAAGUAGAAAGGACUUACUUGGAGUUACCUGUCUUUGCUAAUGCAAACAAUGUUUCUUUGUUGCAAUACAAUCAACUUUCAAGCCUACCACCGGCAAUAUAUCUUGGAAACAAUCGCCUUAGUGGCAGUAUCCCCGUCGAGGUUGGUCAACUGAAAGUCCUUCUUCAGCUGGACCUGAAGAAAAACAACUUCUCUGGCAAUAUACCGGAUCAAAUUUCAAACUUGAUUAACUUAGAGAAACUAGACCUCUCAGAAAACGAACUAUCCGGCGAAAUUCCUGAUUCCCUCAAUAAAUUGCAUUUCUUGUCUUUUUUCAGUGUAGCACACAAUAAUCUGCAAGGACGGAUACCAACGGGUAGUCAGUUUGAUACUUUUUCCAACACCAGCUUUGAAGGAAACUCUCAAUUGUGCGGUCUCGUUAUUCAACGCCCUUGUUCUCCUCAACGAAAUACUACCAGUACUUCAGCUAGAGCCAAAUCCAAGAAAAUAAUAGUCAUACUUAUUAUCGUAGUGUGUUUCGGCAUAGCUACCUUGAUUACGUUGUUGACACUGUGGAUACUCUCUAAGAGGAGGGUCAAUCCAAGAGGAGAUUCUGAUAAGAUUGAGCUUGAAUCGAUUUCUCAGUACUCGAACAGCGGUGUUCAUCCUGAGGUUGAUAGGGAGGCUAGCCUAGUGGUAUUGUUCCCCAGCAAAAACAAUGAAACAAAGGAUCUUUCAAUAUUAGAAAUCAUAAAAGCCACUGAAAAUUUCAGUCAAGCAAAUAUAGUAGGAUGUGGCGGUUUCGGUUUGGUUUAUAAAGCGUCGUUUCAAAAUGGAACUCAGCUAGCCAUCAAGAAACUUUCAGGAGAUUUAGGCCUUAUGGAAAGGGAAUUUAAAGCUGAGGUAGAAGCUUUGUCAAACGCACAACAUGAGAAUCUGGUAGCAUUGCAAGGCUACUGCGUGCACGAUGGUUAUCGACUACUCAUAUAUAAUUACAUGGAGAACGGAAGUCUCGAUUACUGGUUGCAUGAAAAGUCUGAUGGUGCGUCUCAACUCGAUUGGCCGACUCGUCUGAAGAUUGCACAAGGAGCAGGUACAUUAGGUUAUAUUCCUCCAGAGUAUGGACAGGCAUGGGUGGCUACUCUGAGAGGAGAUGUGUACAGCUUUGGAGUUGUUUUGCUCGAGCUUCUCACCGGAAGGAGGCCUAUGGAUGUAUGUAAGCCGAAAAUUUCGAGGGAGUUGGUUAGCUGGGUUCAACAAAUGAAAAACGAAGGAAAACAAGAACAAGUAUUUGACUCGACUCUACGAGGGAAAGGAUUUGAAGGCGAGAUGCUGCAGGUACUCGAUGUAGCAUGCUUGUGUGUGAACAUGAAUCCUUUCAAGAGACCAAGCAUCAGAGAAGUUGUCGAAUGGCUAAAAAAUGUCCGAAGAAAUAAUGACUAG